AUGUUCUAUCCAUUCUCACGACUGCCCGCUGAGCUGCGUCUUCACAUAUGGAACCUCGCCGCCGAGCCUCGACGGGUGAUGAUACUCGGCAUCAGCUGUUACUCUUACGAAGGCGGAGCAAUGGUAGGCCACGAACUCUUCACAUCUCGGACGCCCGUGCCAACCGUCCUUCACGCUUGCUGCGAAGCACGCCAGCUACCCUCGUACCGUAAGGCUUUCGCCAGUCAGUUCACCUCGGCACCUGAAAAUAAGCAAGACUACGUAUGGGUCGAUUUUGCCGCCGACAAUAUCCAGUGCAGCGAGAGCCUCGUGUGGUGUUCGCCGGAGGAGAGGCCCCUGAUACGCCACUUGAGAAUGGAGGUUUACAACCAGGAGGAUUUUGAAGAGCAAGGGAUGCCCAUGAUAAGGGAGCUCACAGCCCUGAAAAGUCUCGAUAUCUUAUAUGGGUAUGACCUGAAACACUGGUUUGGACUGUAUGACUGGGAUUUUGGAGUCUGUACAAAGAGCCGAAUCAGGCUGAUCUCCUCAGUGACUCAAGAGAUCUGGGAUGAGGCAAGAUGCAGACAAGCUGAAAAGAAGCAUCUCGAGGAGGCAGUCAGCGAUGACGGUGGAUCGACAGACUAA